CACAAACCACUAACAAAACAAUUGUUUCUACACAAACCGUGCAUCCGUUUGCUUCGUUUAUUCCAAUUUCCCUUCGUUUACUUCGAAUGAAACAGGCACCGCUCGUCUGUUUUCGCAAGGAGUAAGCUAGAGAAAGAGAAACGAGCAUCUUUGUCCCGAGCAGUUCUCGCGGUAUGCGCGGUUGUGUUCUACGGCAGCAGAGUCCUGAUAAGUACUUGGAUGCGUCAUACGGAUAGCCGGUUUUUCGUCCUUUUUUAAUUUUUGGUUUUGAACAGAGAAGAGGCACAUGCUAUUGCCGCCGCACAAAAUGAAGUCACCGCUGGUUCUGCUCGCCGUGGGCCUACUUUGCUGCAUCGCGAGCGUAUCGACGGAGCCAGUCUGUGUGGAUUUGGAGCAGUUUCUCAAAAAAUAUGAGAAGCUGCUGUCCCUCCUGGAGCAUAAUACGACGCCAGUGUUUACGCUGUGCACGAACGAAACGGCCAUCGACUACUACAACGAAGCGGUAGGGCACUACCGUAAUAUGACUAAUGCACACGAGUGCCAGAAGUACAUGGUAGCCAAACGCCUGAACCUGUACCAGAUGGUGUACGAUCAGCUGAAUGCACUGUGGAGUGCCGCCAACUGUGAGGCGUGCAUUGGGGCGGUGAAUGAUACCGCCGAGUUCAUGCGGCUGUCGGACGCGGUACAGAAAUGCUUUACGGCACAUAGCACGAGUGCCUGCGUGAGCUGCGAACCGGACUACCUGCAGGUGCAGCAGUUCUACGGCCAGCUAGAGAAGGGCCGGCACGGUGUGGCCAUGUGCUUCGAUGUGGAGGACCGCAUGAAUCAGACGCGGCAGCGCUGGUCGGGCCAGUUCAACUGCUGCAAGGACAAACAGCGCUCGAUGGUAGCAUUCGGUUCCAUCGCAUCCGUUGCCUGUGUGUUCCCGUUGGCCUUCUACCUCGUUAUGCACCUGGUGGCUAGGCGCAGCGAGGCCAGCCAGCUGUCGCUGCUAAACGCGAUGAGCACCGCUGAUACACCACCGGCUCCAGCACCAGCACCAGCACCAGCUGGACGAACCACGGCACCGCGUGGUGCUGGUGUUGCCCGUAAGGACGAGCGGCCCAGCUCUAGCAUCCAGGAAGGGGAAGACGCGGAGCCGGUGCACGGAGAAUCCACCAACGAUCUGAACAACUCCACCGUUAACCUGAUUGAAAUUUCUCCACCAACAGAUGAGCAUUUAAAUCAGUUGGCUGCCCAGCGAAGCCCAGAGAAAAACAUAAAUAAGCUGCACGACACGUUCGCAAACGACGAUGAUAGCUUCUUGCAAUGAAAGAAACAUAACGAUACUCAUAUAUAGCUACGCGAGGCCGAGCUGCUUAUCAAAGAAUUAAUCUCCAGAAAUAAAUCCUUAUUCUUUAUACGAAGCUA